CUCAAUCGUAAACCGGUGGCCCAACCGAACGGAUCGUUGUUCUGUUUUGUGAAUUUCGCGUAAUUUGCGUCAAGUGGCUCAGACAAUCGAAACGAAACAACAAUAUAAAAAAAAAUCCCAUUCGCGAAUUUCGUGCGUGGCAGACCGACCUGAAUCAAUCCCGGGCAAAUUCAUCAACUUCGUUUUGUGUGGCGGUCAUCAUGUGUCUCGAGGGGAAGGACGGUGGCACGGUCACCCUGCCGACGGAAUCUGCCCAGAAACUGCUCGAAGAGGUAGUCCACAGCGAACUGAACUCGGACGACGUCAAUAUUCAGAUGACUGCCGGCUCGAACAAGGGCGACAACUACAUCGGAAUAGUCUUCCGGGCCCAGACCGAGUGCCGCCGAACGGGUAAAAAACUCAACAUCAUCGUCAAACUGCCACCGCAGAGUGAGGCCCGGCGGAAUCAAUUUUUCGCCAGGCCCAGCUUCGAGCGGGAGAUCAGUUUCUACACCGAAAUCUACCCGAUGAUGACGGAGUUCCAGCGGGAGAAGGGAAUCGACGUGACGGAUGGCACCGAAGCGUUCAAUCAGAUCCCGCUGUGCUACCGGACCAACCUGGUGGAGUUCGAGGAGGCGAUCCUCAUGGGAGAUUUGAAAGAUUCCGGAUUCGAGAUGUUCGAUCGGCAUCAAGAGCAGAAGUUUGAACAUUUCGAGCUGCUGGUGCGGACGUUGGGUCGGUUCCACGCUUUGUCUUACGCACUGAAGGAUCAACAUCCGGAGAGGAUCGAGAAAUUCAAAGGAAUGAUGGAACUUUUCGCCAGUCGGGAAGAUGAUGGACAGAUGCAGCAGUGGUUUAGUAUGCUUACCACUCGUAUGUUGGAGGCGUUGGAUCCGGAAAAAGACCCGGAGGUAUAUGAGAAAACGAAACAGGCUGUUGAAAUGGAUUUCAUGGAUCAAAUAAAGGAGAUAACGAAGGGCAGUCUUGCAGAACCGUAUGCGGUAAUCUGUCAUGGAGAUUGCUGGAACAAUAACAUGUUGUUCAAACAUGAGAACGGCAAUCCAGUUGACAUCCGGUUAUUGGACUGGCAAAUCAGCCGCUACGCGUCUCCAGUACUGGAUUUGAUGUACUUCAUAUUCACCGCAUCAACCAAAGCAUUCCGAGACAAACACUACAAAACCCUUCUGGACAUUUACCACCAGAGCCUAUCCAGUUUUCUGAUCCGACUUGGAUCGGACCCGGAAAAGCUAUUCCCACGGACGGCAUUGGAUGAACAAUUGCAAAAAUUCGGACGAUUCGGAUUGCUGAUGGCCGUGAUGUUGUUGCCAAUCAUUACUACCAAAAGUGAAGACGUGCCCGACAUGGAUGAGAUGGCCGAGAAGAUGGAAAGCGGAGCCGAUUUGUCGGCCGACUUGGACAACUUCCGAUCGGAAUCGACGGAUGCAGUCUACCGCGAGAGGAUAUCCGGGUGCUGUAAAGACAUGGUUGAACUGGGAUACAUUUAGCAACGUUGGUGUACCAAUCAGAAACUUCAAACAGUAUUUCAAUAUGAACCAGGCCGAGAAGACCAAAAAUUCCAUGUAGCAUAGUAUUGAUUCUGAUAUUGUAUGACUAAGGCAAGAGUAUCAAGUUAGAAUAAAUAUAUACUACAAAAACACAGGGAA